GCUCUCGCUAAGGACACGGGCUGCUCGGCUCACUUGCGUGGUUUUAUGAACAUUUGAGGAGUUUUCUGCGGCAGAAGUAAGCUGUCUGCUUGUAAACGUGCCAGACCUGCGUCGGAGAAGCCGCCUCGCGCGUCUUCCAUCAUCAAACCACCGAGCGGGAACCUGAGGCGAGCGUCGCCCCGUCAUGCUGUAGGAGCGCGUCUGCGUGGGACUGAGGUGUGAGUGGGACCAUGCGUGGACAACACGACCCGAGGCUGCCGCUGCUCUGCCUCGCGCUCGCCGUCCUCCUGUCAGGAGCGCACGCGGGUGUGAAGAAGAGCGCCGGCCCCUGCGGAGGAAGAGACUGCAGCGGCGGCUGCCAGUGCUACCCGGAGAAGGGCGCCAGGGGUUCUCCUGGGCCUCUCGGCCUUCAGGGGCCACAGGGGCCUCCAGGGAGACCAGGCGAUCCAGGCAUCCAAGGACCAAAGGGGCACAAAGGUGAACGUGGCCAUGGUGGCCACCUGGGUCCCAAAGGAAGUGUGGGGAUGACGGGCGUUCCUGGGUUUUCUGGAAAUGAUGGUAUUCCGGGCCACCCAGGACAGGCUGGGAACAGAGGGAAACCGGGUGCAGACGGCUGUAAUGGCACACAGGGAGAGCCAGGCUUCCCCGGGCGAAGCAGCGCUAAUGGCAGACCUGGAUUACCUGGACAAGCAGGCAGGAAAGGAGAGAAAGGAGACUCGCUGGAUGUGCAGGUGUACCUCGAACGUUUCAGGGGGGAUCCAGGAACACCGGGGGCCGAUGGAAUAUUUGGGCCUCCAGGUCAGCCGGGGUUUCAUGGUAACAGAGGCAUUCCAGGACCAAAGGGUCCCCAAGGGAUUCCAGGUCCCAAAGGACGAAAGGGUGAAAUGGUUAAUUAUAUUAAAGGAGACAAAGGGGACAUUGGGGACAUCGGACCACCUGGAGAGCCUGGAAAUGCUACAUAUCAACAUACUCUGCCACCCGACAACUCACAGGGCCGUCCUGGAGAGAUAGGACUGAAGGGAGACAGAGGAGAUGAUGCGGACAAUAAAGGAGAAACUGGCGUACCUGGAUUCGUUGGAGAGCGAGGUCCGCCUGGUAGAAACGGGAGUCCUGGACCAAAAGGGCAAAGUGGAGAGGACGGACUCAGAGGCAGCAAAGGAGUAAAGGGAGUCAGAGGUGAACCAGGAGAGCUAAUUUCAUCUGGAUCCUAUUUAGAGGCUGGACCCCCUGGUCCUCGUGGUAACCGGGGUCCCCAGGGAGAGAGGGGCCAAGUAGGCGAUAAAGGUUUCCUUGGACCCCCAGGAAGCUCUGCUUCUGAAUCACAACAACAACAACAAGAGUACGAGUUCUUUGGGCCAUUUGGUGUAGAUGGGGAUCAGGGAGAGAAAGGCUUACAGGGGGAAGCAGGAAUUCCUGCUUUCAUGCCAGGUCCCCCAGGUGCCAAAGGGCGUCCUGGGUUCCAAGGCCCUCCAGGACGCAAGCAAACAUGGAGUGAUGUAUUCAAGGGGAUUUCAGGCUCAAGGGGAAGACCUGGCAAUGCAGGCCCUAAAGGACUGAAAGGUGAUCACGGUGAAUGUCAGUGCACUCUGGAAGGCUCAAAUCUGGGCCCACCUGGCCCUGCUGGGGAUCCUGGUGUUUCUGGAAUGGUUGGAGAAUUUGGUCCACGUGGCGAUGUAGGGGACGAUGGUCUCCAAGGAAACGACGGGCUACCUGGACCUCGUGGCAGUGAAGGUUUUCCAGGCCCCAAAGGCCAAAAGGGGGCGAUAAGUGUACCCAAAGAGAAAGGAUAUCCAGGAGACCCAGGACCUGCUGGACGAGCUGGGUGGCCAGGAGCACCAGGUGCAGCCGGCCGACAGGGUUCGCCUGGCGUCCCUGGGUCCCGGGGUUUUCCAGGAGAAGGUCCCACGGGGGAUCAUGGAGACAAAGGCUUCCAGGGCCUGCCCGGUCAGCCUGGUACAGCUGGGUUGAGGGGACCACCAGGUGCAGAGUUUGUGGGACUCAAAGGCCAGCCUGGUUUACCUGGAGAUGACGGUCUCGCAGGCUACACUGGAGUUCCAGGAACACCUGGAAGCCCAGGUGGCUGUAUUCCAGCAGGAGAUGGGGAACAGGUGGCUUUAACAGGUGCUUGUAUAAUGACUCCUGGACCUCCUGGGACACUUGGACUCCCUGGACCGAGUGGCUCAAUAGGUUCUCCAGGUUUUCAAGGACCACAGGGUCCACGGGGUAAAGACGGAGUACUCGGAGAAAAAGGAGAAAAAGGAGAUCAAGGCACAGGUGGAUCUCCCGGUCCACCAGGUUUUCCUGGUCCACGUGGAAACCUUGGUAUUCCUGGUGGAAAAGGUUCAGUAGGAGAACCUGGUUUGCCUGGUCUUUUUGGUCGGCAUGGAGAACAAGGUGAGAAGGGUAUUCAUGGAGAUGUCUUGGGGGCUUUGAAUGGACCACGUGGUGACCCUGGCCUGCAAGGACUUCAAGGGGACAAAGGGCUGUAUGGUGAUGAAGGACAACAAGGCUUUUCAGGAACGGUUGGCAUGCCUGGUAUGAUUGGCUUCAAAGGUGAGAGGGGCUCUUUAGGUCUACAGGGGGAGGAAGGUAGGCUUGGACCAGCAGGCAAACACGGUUACCCUGGUGACCAUGGAAAAACAGGUCCACCUGGGCCUCAUGGGUUCACUGGAGAGCCAGGUUUUACUGGAGAGAGGGGAACAAAAGGAGAACAAGGUCCUCCAGGUUCAGUUGGGUUAAAGGGAAUGCCGGGAGAGUAUGGUGAUAUUGGUGCCACUGGGGAGUUUGGUUCAACAGGUCAGGCAGGACUGACUGGUGCUGAUGGUCGCCUCGGACUUCCAGGAAUGAAGGGAUACAAAGGCCUUUCUGGCAUGGCAGGAUUUAAGGGUAUGACAGGUGUAUCUGGUGUGAAGGGCUACAGCGGACUGAAAGGAGAAUCUGGAGUUCCAGGCGAAGUUGGCCCAAAAGGAAUGAUGGGUGAAAGUGGAGAGAAAGGUGAUCGUGGUCUGAUGGGUCCGCCUGGGAAGAAACCUGAAUUCACUGGCAAGGUGAAAACAGAAAUGAAAGGUGCCAAAGGAGAGCCUGGACCAAAAGGACAACACGGUUUCACUGGACCAAGAGGUCCUAAAGGCUCAGACGGUGUACCGGGCACUAAAGGACGUGAUGGUAUUCCUGGGAACCCCAGCAUUGAGAAAGGUCACCAAGGAGAUACAGGUCCACAGGGGCUGCCUGGGAUUAAAGGAAUGCCAGGCCUAACUGGAAAUCGAGGAAUUACCGGUUUUGAAGGAAUGAGUGGCACAAAGGGAAAUAGAGGAGGCUCUGGUGCUUAUGGUGCAUCAGGAGAAAAGGGAAAUAAGGGACCCAAAGGCGAUAAAGGCCUUCGUAUGGAUGUCCCAGGAAAACCUGGAUUAAGAGGAGAGGAUGGUUUUGAAGGGGAGCCAGGUCACACAGGACUAACUGGGAAGACUGGCGACAAUGGUACACGUGGUUUUGAAGGUAUCACUGGGAAGAAGGGAGAGUCAGGGGAUCCAGGAAUAUUAGGACACCCAGGUUUAGAUGGACAAAAAGGAAAUCCUGGUUUCCAGGGUCAAAAGGGUUUUACUGGAGCUCCUGGUGAUAAGGGAAAUCCUGGUUUACCUGGCUUCCCAGGAGACAAAGGUUUUACUGGCCCGAAGGGUCUUUAUGGUUUACAUGGUCUAAAAGGACAGAAGGGUGCCCCAGGAACCCCAGGUGUGGAUGUGACUGGACCAACUGGAGAAACAGGAGCCAAAGGAGAUAGAGGAGACAGCGGCGACCCCAACAACCAGCCAGGUUUUCCAGGCACAUCGGGUUCGAAAGGCCUACAAGGACCCUCAGGUGAUUUUGGUCAACCUGGACCAGCGGGAUUCCGUGGUCCGGUGGGACCUGAUGGGACCCCUGACAGACAAGGACCCAGUGGGGAUCCUGGUUUUCCAGGCCCUAAAGGACACCAUGGUACCCCUGGAUUCAGAGGAUCACCUGGUGAGGAUGCUCUUCCCGCAGAAAAGGGUGUACCAGGAGUACGUGGUUUUCCUGGAAGCCCUGGUGUAAAAGGAUUUAAAGGAGAUCGAGGUCCAAUUGGAUACAGAGGGGCCGAUGGUGUUUUUGGGAAAAAAGGAGUCAAAGGAGAACAAGGCAUGAUGGGAUUGCCUGGUGUAAAUGGUGACAAGGGAGAGAGAGGCCUCGUUGGACCCAAAGGCACCACUGGACCCCCAGGUUUUCCUGGACCCACAGGUGACCGAGGUCCUCUUCCACUUCCCAUCAGAAUUCCAGGGGAAAGAGGCCCCCAAGGCCCACAGGGUAUAACUGGACCAAAAGGGUUUAAAGGGGAACCAGGACCACACGGCCCCCCUGGGGAUAAAGGCUUCAUGGGACCCAUUGGACAGAAGGGCAUGCCUGGGAUUGCUGGUACACCAGGAAUACCUGGAUUCCGAGGAGAUGUUGGACACUUGGGCCACCCGGGUUUACAAGGCAUGGAAGGUCGCCGUGGUAACACUGGGAACCCUGGCUUGCCCGGGAUGCCCGGCCGCAGUGUCAGCGUUGGUUAUUUGCUGGUGAAACACAGCCAAUCAGAGCAGACGCCCAUGUGUCCCGUGGGCAUGUCUAAACUGUGGGAAGGCUACAGUCUGCUGUACUUUGAAGGCCAGGAAAAGGCCCACAACCAAGACCUCGGUUUGGCCGGUUCCUGCCUCCCGCGGUUCAGCACCAUGCCUUUCCUCUACUGCAACCCUGGAGACAUUUGCUACUAUGCCAGCAGAAAUGACAAGUCCUAUUGGCUGUCCACAACUGCACCUCUUCCUAUGAUGCCUGUAGAGGAGGAGGAGAUCAAACCGUACAUCAGCCGCUGCUCAGUGUGCGAGGCUCCUUCCGUGGCCAUAGCAGUCCACAGCCAGGACAUCACCAUCCCUCAGUGUCCCUCAGGCUGGCGCAGCUUGUGGAUUGGCUACUCCUUCCUCAUGCACACGGCAGCGGGAGAUGAGGGCGGAGGCCAGUCGCUGUCCUCGCCGGGCUCCUGCCUGGAGGACUUCCGCACGACGCCGUUCAUCGAGUGUAACGGGGCCAAGGGCACGUGCCACUACUUUGCUAACAAGUACAGUUUCUGGCUCACGUCGCUAGAUCAGUCGUUCCACCCCGACCCUUCAUCGGGGACGCUGAAGGCAGGUCAGCUCUUGUCACGCAUCAGCCGCUGCCAGGUCUGCAUGAAGAACUUGUGAAAGUCGCCUCUCGCUCCUGAAAUGCAGAUUUGGGUCAAACAUUGUCCCUAAAGCUCCGAUGUCUAAUGACUGUUUGAUGCCACGAGCUUUGAACAUCACUGUAGAUAAGACAGAAGCCCUUUAAUGAAACCAACAGCAUUAUGGGCACGGUAUUUUAUAUUAAGUAUGGAUUGGUGCUUACUGUUUAACUUAUUACCUCAGCUACUGGCACAAUGUUACCACAUCGAAGACCAUGUAUUACAGCUAAACCAAAGACGCCCGUGUGUAUACUCCGCUUCAGUUUAUCUACAUGUUUUCAUUCUACUCGUUCGGACCGUCCAGCCACUAACACAGCUUCUAAACAACUCAAAAUGUCCUAUUUACUUUUAGUAUUAUGCUUUGUUUUUAUUUCUCUAAAGUGCUUAUGAUACAACUGCCUUUUUACGCUACGUUUAGCAUUUUCAUAUAUUUGUCAACACAAUGCACUGAUUCUUUUAUUACACCAGCUGAAUGAACUUGAUCCUUUUCUGUAAGUGUUAAAUAUGCAUCUAUCUAAAACUACUUAUGUCAGAACCGUUACAAAUUUAAGUUAAUUAUUGAACUGCCCUAGUUCCCCAGCAGCACAGAAUGUAAACAGCCUGGAUCAAGAGUCCCACUCUAAAUCAGUGCAGCGGUUACUGAUCCUGGGUUAGAUUACGGGAUUUUACACAGUUUAGAAAGUAGGCCAAAAGUUCUGUUCACAUAGAAAUAAUUUGAUUCAGCAAGAAAAUACUGACUAGCUUGGUUUUAAUUGACAUGUAAUGACCACUGAAUUGGGUUGUAAAGAUUAAAUGUUUGUUUGUAAAA